UUAAAUAUUAAACAUAAAAACGAAAUGAUUGUAAAAGUAGGAGUUGUGGGGUUCUUCAUCAUUUUUAGGUUAACUGUUGCAAACUUAUUGCAAGGUGAUAGCCCUAGAGAGCUACAGAUGGUUCACAUUGUUAUGAGGCAUGGUAUAAGAACCCCACAUCAUACUUACCCCAAUGACCCUCAUAUUAACGACACUUUAUACCCCGUUGGGUGGGGUCAACUGACAAAUGCGGGAAAAUUAUUACAAUACGAGACAGGCAAAUUCUUGCGGAAACGUUACAACGAUUUUUUGGGGGAAAAUUACUGGCCCGAUCUGUAUUACUGUCAAUCUUCAGAUGUCGUUAGAGCGAGGGCUAGUGGGGAGUUAACGAAUGCCGGCUUGUGGCCGCCAUCGAAAAUCCAACAAUGGGGCCCUCUAGAUUGGCAACCUAUACCGAUAAAAAGCCUACCAAAGAAAGAAGAUAAUUUACUUUUCUUCAUAACGCCUUGCGAGGAAUAUGAUAGGGAAAUGGAAGAAGUUGUUAAAUCGAAAGAAGUACAAAAAAUAUGCAGGGAAAACGAAAAAAUUGUAAAAAUGUUGCAAGAUUUGACUGGAAAAGAUUUAAAAACGUUUAAUGAUGUACAUGAUCUUUAUUCGAUUUUAGAAACAAAGAAAUUAUUUAAUUUAACAAUGCCUGCCUGGGCUGACAAAUUUAUGUAUAAAAUGAAAUAUUUGUCUGACCUAAAUUACGUCAUCUUAACUUACAACGAUAAACUAAGGCGUUUGAGAGGAGGUCCACUUUUGAAAAAAAUUCUAAACGACUGGAAGGCCAAAAGGGACGGCACAAUUGAACCUAAGAAAAGAAAGGCGUUUUUAUACAUGACACACGAUUACAAUAUAGCCUAUUUACUGGGUGCUUUAAAAAUAUUUGAUCCACAAGUACCAAAUUAUGGGUCGGCCGUAUUAUUGGAACUAUCGAAGAAUCAAGAAAAUGAAUUUGGGGUACAGGUAUUCUAUAGAAAUGAUACGAGUUUACCCCCAUACGAACUUACUAUACCGGGGUGUACAAAGAUAUGCCCCCUAGAAAAAUUAGUUGAUUUAACGAAAAAUGUUAUACCAGGUGAUGUAAUGGCAGAGUGCAAAAGUGGGGAUGCAAAGUAUAUUCCAAGUGAAGGUGGGAAAAAAUUUAAAAAUGUGACUUAACAUUAUACAGGGUGUUUCACAUAUCAAUUUGAAAUUUUAUAAGCGUUUUAAAUGGAUCUAUUUUUCUAAAAUAUUUUGAACAAAAUGCCACUUUAAGUUUAACUGGAAGUAACAUCAACUUUGUUUUUUGAAAUAUAUAUAUUUUAACAUUUUUAAAUUCUACAUAAAAUUCUGAGUAGUAUUACUCCAUAGGUUUGUUAAAUAUUUUUUAAAGAUAAACUGCUGUUUUAGGUAAUUUUUUUUAUUUCGUUUUUGUAAAUAUCAUAUAAGUAAUUCAUAUAUUAAUUAAUUCAUAUAUUUCUCUCUCGGAUUCCUCAUCCUUUUUCUGGAUUCUGAAGGUAACUACUAAUUCCUUCGUCUGACUUCUGCAAUAGUUUGUUGCAAAUAUCAUUAAGUGUGGUAUCUCUAGUUUGUGAAGCAUUUAUAAUGUUUAGGCCGGAACAGGAUAAUAUUUUUUCGGGUGGUAUGCGGAAAGUAUUUUUCGAAUUUAUUAAUUUUUUUGCCAUUACUUUUUUAUGUUCUCUAUCAUGCACUGUAUUUAAAUCACUGUUAUUCUGCAAGAUGUCCUGUGACGAAGAAAUCAUUAUAUUACUUCAUCUUCCUGUAAAACUGGAAGUGGCAUUUUGUUUAAAAUGUUUUAGAAAAAUAGACUUAAAUGAAUUAUAAACGCUUUUUAAAUUUUAAAUCGUUAUCUUAUUUCGUUCUCCAGAAACUUCUUUCUACAAAACAGUAUUUUUUGUAAAAAAAAACACAACAAACUUACUUAUUUGUUAUUAAAUAUAAUUAAAGUAAUUGUUUUAUUACUCUAAAAAUACAAUAGAAAAUUGUACCUAUUACUAUAAAGUGUAUUCCAUUUAAGAAUAA